AUGCCUGGAAUCAUCCAAACAGAGUACGACGACGGGAGGGCCAUCCGCGUCGGGCCCUACAGCGAAAGUAAGCUCCUGCAACCGCAAAAUCACGUCCCAACCACACCCACCUGGCAACCGCACACCCAAAAGACGCCCACUGCGCAUCGCGGUCCCCCUUCAUUCCGAAGCCGGCCUCCUCCACUUGAAAUACCCGCUGCACCAUCCUGGACAGCGUACGGUUUGAACGAGCCGCAAUGGAUCCCAGGAGGACCAGCACCGAUGAUCUACAACCUCUCUCCGUAUGCAAGAGUCGCUCUCCCCCCACUCGUCGAUAUCCAUCCCAUGUUGGUGUUCGACAUGUACCAAGGCGACAACCCUGCCCUCUUCUGGACGAUUGACCAACCGCCCAAGUACGCGGUCCCGACUCCCGGAAGGUCCAGUGAGAAUCUGUACCACUGGAAGAUGUUCCCCGCCACGAACCCGCCGUCCACCGCGCCCAUAAACAUACAAAUCGAGAAAUUCCCAUCGCUCCUCGUCGUCGCGUCUUCAUCAGAUGGCAGCGUAGUCACGAUUUAUGACGUCCUGUCCGCGGUGUACACCGGUGCGCGCCGGGGUGCGAUGGAGCUGUUUUGUCGUGCGCUCGGGCUGGAUCCUCGUAUGUUGAACUCGAAUGAAAUGGAGGUUUAUGGCCGGAUGGUUACGCGGGAUAGCAGUCAGCGAGGCCCGACAAUGGGUCAGGACGAGGUGAGCUCGAAUGUGCGCUCGACGAUGGGGUUCCAGACGCGGUGGGCUGGGCUGGCACCGAGUCGACACCAGGAAAACGUAUGGGUGCUACACACCUUGUCCAUUGCGCGGUGA